AUGCAGGCGCCAAUUGAGAGUGUUGAAGAUUUAGCCAAACAAACAAAAAUAAAGUAUGGAAUACAAGCAGGUGGAUCAACUGCACAAUUUUUUAAGUAUUCUUCCGUUCAAAUUUAUCAAAGAAUGUGGCGUUUUAUGGAAUCACAAGUUCCCUCAGUUUUUGUUAAUUCUUAUGCUGAAGGGAUUGAACGUGUUCGUACACACAAAGGGCGUUAUGCUUUUCUUUUAGAGGCAACUGCAAAUGAAUACGCAAAUACACGAAAACCUUGUGAUACAAUGAAAGUUGGGGCUAAUUUAAAUAGUGUUGGGUAUGGGGUUGCUACUCCUUUUGGAAGUGAAUGGAAGGAUGUAAUUAAUUUAGCAAUUUUGGCUUUACAAGAAUUGGGGGAACUUAAAAAACUCGAAAAUAAAUGGUGGUAUGAUAGAGGACAGUGUGAUCAAGGAAUUACAGAUGGGUCUUCUGCAAGUUUAAAUUUAAGUAAAGUAGCUGGAAUAUUUUAUAUUUUGAUGGCUGGAAUGAUAGCCUCAAUGAUAGCUGCUUUAGGGGAAUUUCUUUACCGUUCGAGAAUUGAAGCAAGAAAAUGGCAAAUUACUUCUAUGCAAAAUCUUCGUGAUUCUCUCUGUGAUCAACUUAAACUUUCUUUACAAGGGAAUGCUUUAAUUAAAGAUGGCUCUGCCCACGAAAUGUUAAAAAAACAAAAAGUUCCAAUCUCUAAUAAUUAUAUUUUAUUUAAUUUUCUUUUAAAGAUUUCCUCUUUACUUCCAGCGAAUUAUUCAGAUCCAGGUCUACAGCCAUUUACUGGAGCUGGAUUAACCCCAAUAAAUCCUCGUCAAAUACCCCCACCCUAUUCAAAUAAAAAUUCGGAUGUUGAUCAGAGAAAGAAUAAUUCUGGACAUCGACAGAAAAUUCAAAGGCCAUACAACACGGCUGUUUAG